CCACAUUGCCAAUGGCGUCAUCCGGAGGAGGCGGGGCCCCGAUAUGUUCUGGCUGGUGGGGGGAUUAGAGCCAAAAAGGGACUGUGUCUCAGGAACAUUUACCCGGAAAUUUUAGAGAAAACCAAGUUGUUUUCUACUCUCUUUGCCUGGUUGUCCAGGGCCUGGUAGAUAUGGCAGCCUAUUCACUGAGCUUCAGUUUCCCCAUUUCUAAUUGGAGAUGACUUCACUGUGUACAGAGUAACUAUAACAUCAUCCCUAUUGUGGAGUCCCCUCCCCAUGCUGAGUGCUGUAAGCUAUUCACAUGUUGACUUAAGGGCUUUCAGCCCCUUUAUGUCCUUUGCUUUUGCCUUGUCAAUCAAAUGCAAAGCUGGGACAAAGCACUGGAGCCACAAAUUUCCUGAACAUGUAUGGUAAAAUCAUGGCCAAGUGGGAUAUAUGAUUUUUCUGUUUGUUUUUUAUCUUGAUAAAGAGAUGAUUCUCCAGGAUGAAAAUUUUGUCAGUAAAGAAGAGUUCCAGGCAGUGGAGAAAAAGCUGGUGGAAGAGAAAGCAGCCCAUGCCAAGACCAAGGUUCUUCUGGCCAAGGAAGAGGAGAAGUUGCAGUUUGCCCUCGGAGAGGUAGAGGUGCUGUCUAAACAGCUGGAGAAAGAGAAGCUGGCCUUUGAAAAGGCGCUCUCCAGUGUCAAGAGCAGAGCCCUACAGGAGUCCAGCAAGAAGGACCAGCUCAUCACCAAGUGCAAUGAAAUUGAGUCUCACAUUAUAAAGCAAGAAGAUAUACUUAAUGGCAAAGAGAAUGAGAUUAAGGAGUUGCAGCAAGUUAUCAGCCAGCAGAAAGAGAUCUUCAGGAAUCACAUGUCUGACUUCCGGAUCCAGAAGCAGCAAGAGAACUACAUGGCCCAAGUGCUGGACCAGAAGCAUAAGAAAGCCUCGGGGACACGUCAGGCCCAGAGCCGCCAGCGUCCCAGGGAAAAAUAAAAUGGUUGCCGCCUUCCUGUUAUCUGGCUGUAAUGCCCAACCUCUGCCUUCUCUGCUCUGGAGGUCCCCAUCCUGACCCUUCCUGUCCCUGUGGGUACUUCCCUCAGGCCUCACAGUGGCCUGGACACCAGGGAAGAGGCAGGGUAAAAGGCAAGACACCCCUUCCUUCCUCCCUGCCUGCCUUUUGAACCCCCACCUGCCGGGCCAUUCCUGUGCUCAGAAGUCUGAGGAUGCACCUCGACGAGUCUCCAGACCCUGCUACUCCCCUUGCUUCCUCCCUUGGGUGAUAGUGGGGACUCUGGGGGUACGGGUUGUAGCCUAGAGAAGGACUACUUGGUUGUCUAGUAGGCACUAUCCCUUCUUACUCUUGGUAUUAAAUUCUUUCCUAUAUAAACAGCCCUGGUUACCCCAGCA